GUCAGUCAUAGGCAGUCCCCUACCUUAGUCGCUAGUCCAGUCAGUGCCCGCCAUUGAAUCCAACUGGGCUGCUGGCGCUAGCGCCACGCCUCACGCCUGGUCUCGCCUAAACAAGGUACGUAGGCUACGUACCGCCAGAUUCAGAUUCGCCCAUCCUUCCAUUUCAUCCACUCUUGCGGGCUUCCUCAAUCUUCAAUCUUUCCUCAUCUUGAAUCGACGACUGCAAAAAAUCGCUUCCCCCUCGACCGACGACGCCAGCAAAACGCGCCCACGAAGGCUCUCAUCGAGUCCCCCGUCGAAGUCUCUUAAAGAAUCCCUUUUCAAUCACGCCGCCCACAGCGGCGCCGAGCGGCAUGGUCACCAAAGAGUACCUCGACUCGGACAGAGUCAACUUUCUCGUCUGGAGGUGAGUUCACCCUUUUUGCGUCUCACCCACUCCCGCCCGCCGCACCUCCACGCACAAUCGCGCCUCACUCAUCUCACGCCCUCUGCCUUUGCCCUCUCAUGAAAUGCCUCUCGACGGCCGGCCACGCGCCCUCAUGCUAUCGCUGACAUGCUGACUUUGACUCUCCUCUCAGGUAUCUCUUGGAAGGCAGUACGUGACAACCAACCGUCUGGGUACAGCCAGCGACAGCUGGUGGUGGGCCACGGGCUUUUUUUUCUGACGAUUGCAGACUACCGAGAAACCGCAGCCAAAUUCCAGAAAGAAUGGCACAUUCAGCAACCUCAUCGCCAUUUUGACUUCGCAAAUCACGUCAAGAGCCACGCUUUGGUGUCCGUCAUCAACAAAGGCCUCUGCUACCAUGCCCUCGAGCGAGAGCAUGCGAAGAAAUUGGUAAGGCAUUGUGCUCCACUCGGCUGUCCUUCCCCCUUCCCUUCCGCGUCAUGAACAACCGGUGCACCCCGAGUCGGCGGCGAGACGGACGGGUGGGUGUGUGGGAAAUGUGCGAACUCUGGCAAACUAACGUUUUCUCUGCGCGUGCAGGUGCCUUCAGAUGCUGCGGCUGCGGCCGAAGCACUGCAGGUGGGGUUGUUUGGGCCAUUGAUCGCUCAACCGCCUCAAAAGAUUGAGGAGGAUGAGGACGCAGAUGGCGAGGUGGACGACACAGAGAUGGAGGUCGAAAACACUCGGAAACGCCAAUUUGACAGCCGGCCACAACAGCAGCACAUGGUGAAUGGCGGCUCACCCAGCAAGCGGCCCAGGCUUAGCAAUGGGUAUGAGAGCACGAACGGGGCGGAUGCAGCCACGGACCCCAUGGAGCUAGACAGCCACGGCGACAACAACCACGCCUAUCCGUCGCCUCUUGAAGGCGAGCAAGCUCCGACGCCCACCCCGAGAACAGAUGGCCCCGAGCAGGGCACGCAAGUCGACAAAGUCGAGGAAUUGGCCACAGAGACGACAUUUCUGCGAUUAAUGCCCGAUGACAGCAACUCCAGCGCCAAUGCCACCAACAACGCUCGCGACGGCGGCGCCCCGACGACUUUGACUACCACUGCUGCAAGCGCAGGCGGCCCCGGAGCUUCGCCCUCGCCAGCCAACGGUGAAAACGCACCCAUCCUGUUGCGCUGCGAGUGGAACCCAAAGGACCCAUCAAUCUUGGCGGCUGCUGGAACCGAUGCGCUAGCCCGAAUUUGGACCAUCUCACGUUCAAGCACAAUGACGCCCACUCCAGCUCCCGAACCCGACGGUCACGUGCAUGGUGUACAUCGGCCGUUUCAUAGUCUCAUCGACGACGAGACUCCCAAGACAGCCACAGUCGGUCAACUUGCUUGGAAUAGUGGGGGAACGGCCAUUGCCAUCGCCAUCGAACAUGGCGACAGGGCAUCGGUUCACAUCUGGGCAAAGGACGGUUCUCAUGUUGACAAGUUCGACGUCUCAGACCCUCCCGUGAUCAAGCUCCGUUGGAGCCCGAGCGAUGCAGCCCUUCUCGCCAUUGCGCCCGAUAACAGCAACGCAAAUGGACCCGGCGGCGCUCUGGUCACUGUCUAUCAUUCGCUGACGUCCAACACAUUGUCCUAUUUCCUGCCAAAUCACGACUUGCUCAGCUGGCCACUGGAUGCUGCGUGGACCAGCGAAACAGAGUUCCUCCUCACCGGCGGAGAUGUCAUGCUGUCACUAAAGUGCACGGAGACGGCCAUCGUGCCGAACAAGAAGUUGGAGAGCCGAGAGGACGACACAUUUACUCAGGUUGUCUAUGACCGGCGAUCAAAACUUUCUGCUACCGCGAGCGACAAGGGCAUCCUGGAUCUUUGGGACGAAGAUGGUCACCGCCGGUCAAUAACGGCCCACUCUGGGGCGAUCACGGCGGUACAGUGGCAGCCUCUCCCGGACGAUGCCGUCGUGCCGGAAGACGAACGAUUGAUCGCAUCUGGAGGCGACGAUUGCGCCAUUAUCAUCUCCAACGCCAAGGACCCUGAGCCUGGAAAACCAAAGUCCAUUCUGACCAUGGAAUCGCCCAUUGUAUCGAUUGCGUUCACACCAGAUGGCGCAUUCAUCGCCGGAGCCACGGCCGGUCGCAUUCUGAUCUGGAAGGUUGGCGAGCAGCACACGAUGCCAAGAGCGAGCUGGAGCAGAUCGCCACAUCCCGGAUGGCUCAGUCCCAAGGCGAGCUCGGAGCCGGAGGACGAGGAUGAGCACUGUCUGUGCUGGGAUGCCGACGGACAACGGCUCGCCUAUGGAGCUAACAGCAGACUGGCUGUUAUCAACUUCCGUCGGUAGACGAAACAGAGAUUCCGUGCCCUCUGGCACACGUUUAAAGUCGUUCAAAGCAUUCCAAUGGAGUGUUAGACGUUAUAGAGACUCGGUACUCCAACACCAAACCGCCGAGACCUUUCGAGAAAGGGGAAACCAUUUCCACUCUCCAAGAGUCUCAACCAGACGAUUCUUUGUCGUGCAUUUACCACUUUCGAAUUUUUGCAGUUAUCCGGCGUCGCGGCGGUGUUGUUUAUCGAUGAUUUCAGACAGGUCCCCAACAAACGGGGUUGGGGCGGGGAACCGGCUGCCUUCUUGCAUACGCAUACCUUCCAUCUCACAUUACAACUGAAGCUUCUGGAAAGGACGACUGGCGUCUGCGUUGGGUUAGAUGUCACCGUGGUAGAUGAUUCGGUCCCUUUCCCCCCUCUGGUUGACUGAUUGUUCCCCUACGUACUCGUGUCCUGCCAGCGGAGGGAGGGUACUUACUUUGACACUUGAGGGCUCAACACGUUGUACACUACGCCUGUAUAUACCAAACGAUAUGGAAAAAGGAAACUAUGACACUUGACUUCACGCUGGUUUGAUUUGUGUGUAAUUCUUUGACGAUGUCGUGAAGGACUCUAUAGAAUACCAUUGUGGUUCUAGACAUAUCGCGAGGUGAUGAAGAGCGACAGCCUUUGGUGAGAAGGAGUUCUACGUCGGAAAUUCUAUGUCACCAUCAUUAUAGCUUCUAAUGCAAAAUGUAAC